UUUUCCGAUUAAGAAUUAUAACAAUUAUAAGAUUAUAAGAAUUCUUAAUAAACUUUCAAUUUAACGUUAAAUAUAUUAAAGAUAUAAUAUGAAUGCACCACCAACUUUUGAAUCAUUUCUUUUGUAUGAAGGAGAAAAAAAAAUUAUCAAAGAACAAGACACAAAAGUUCCCAAUGCUGCGAUUUUUACUGUUAAUAAAGAAGACCACACUCUUGGAAAUAUGAUCCGCAAUCAGCUAUUGAAGGAUCCUCAAGUUUUGUUUGCUGGAUAUAAAGUUCCACACCCAUUAGAACAUAAAUUUGUGAUUAGAAUUCAAACUACAUCAGAUUAUACACCACAUGAAGCAUUUAUGCAUGCUAUUACAGAUUUAAUAGCAGAACUUUCUCUAUUUGAAGAACGUUUUAAGGAAGCUAUUAAAGAAAAAAAGGAAGGAUUAGAUUGAAUUUCUUAUUUCUUUUUUAAAAUUAAUUUUAGAUAUUAAAAAAAUGUAAAUAAAAUAUUAAUAUGUAUGUCAUGUUUAGAUUACUACGAGACCUGAUUUAUUUUAAUAAAUAUUGAUAUAAUUAAUAUAAUUGAUAUUAUUUUAUAUAUGUAUGAGUAAAGAAAUAAAAAUAAUUGAAAAAUAA